AUGGAGCCAUACCGAUACGAAAGUCUGUCAUCGAGCGAUCACAUUCGAGUUGCUACUAUCCACCCAGGACGAUUCAGCGACGACAUAGUCAUCGACCUAGAUCAUGUCACCCUGAAAUCCGCCCCUAAAUAUGAAACCGUUUCUUACAAAUGGGAGCGGUCACAGAGUCUGCGCCCAAUCUACGUUGGUCACGACAAAUUCUCAAAUAUCUUUAUUCGCGAAAACCUCGUCACCGCGCUGGCAUAUCUCCGGUAUCCCCAUAAGCCCCGAGUUAUGUGGGUAGACGUCCUCUGCAUUGACCAGUCCAACAGCAUUGAAAAGGGCCAACAGGUAGCUCUCAUGGGCAAAAUCUACCGGCACUCCACACGCAUCGUUGCCUGGUUAGGCCCAGAGAAAGACGAUAGCACACGCGCACUCAACACAAUGAGCUGGAUCGGCGUUCAGAUUGAGGCUAACUACUCUCACUGGAUUGUCGAACCGUCAGCAAACUGCAUCGAUCCUAGUUUCCGCGAUAUGGACGCUGAUAUUCCCCUCCGUCCAGAAGAUACGAAGGCAAUUUUCCAUUUGCUUAGCAGGAAAUGGUUUGAAAGACUUUGGAUCAGACAGGAGAUUCUUACGUCAGAGCCGCGUAGUGUCAUCCAAUGUGGCUAUUACCGCGUUGCUUGGCCGCUCUUUCGGCGUGCCUUACUCUGUCUCUAUAUGAAGCGGCGGCCUUGGUCGGCAUACGAAGAAAAGCUAUAUGAUCGAUUGAUCUCGCUCCGUGGCCUAAUCGGACAACCGCCAACUGUUGAUCUCGGCUUUAUACGGACAGUCUUUGGUCAGUCUGGCUGCGCCGAUCCGCGCGAUCGAGUUUACGCCGUUCUAGAAUUUCUUUCAGAAGCCGAUAAGGCUGUUGUCGGUGCGCCGGACUACACAAAAGAAGUUGUGAUUAUUUUCCGAGACAUUUUGCAGCGAUGGGUGACGCGCUUUGAUUCUCUCAAUCUCCUCACCCAAAGCGAACCCGGUGCUGAUGAAACCCUUUCGUCACCCUUCGGCCCAAGCUGGAUCCCAGACUGGUCCAAAAAGGAAGUCAUCUUUGGGCGCAACUACUGGCGUGGCUAUGCGUCGUCGCAGUUUGCACCAAUUGCCUCGUUUUCCUCGGACAGUCGCGUUUUAACAACCUCGGGAAUCAAAGCACUAGAAAUCCGUCAUCUCCAGGCUAUACCCACCAUGAGGGGUCGAGAUGUCAAGAUAGUCGAGGAUGCACUUUGUCAGCUGCUUUCUCGCGUUGACAAACUUGAUGGUACCUACAUAACGGGCGUGAGCAUGCUUGAGGCAUACACCCGGACUUUCCUCGCCAAUGCGCUAGCGGAGAACGCAGAGCCCUGGCGAGGGGAAGAACCAACUCUUCAAGAAGCAAUGGGCAUUGUGUCUCGGUUAACCCAGGCCAAUGACAAUGCUAAGUCUCACCAGCCACGAGCUAUAGGUCCCUCGGACGCAUUCUUCAAAAUAUCGCGUGCAAUGAUCGGAGGCAGACAGCUGAUGUUUGACACUGAUGGCUAUAUUGGCAUCGUUCCCCGUUUGGCGCGAGAAGGGGAUUUCAUCUGCAUCCUUUUAGGCUGCCACUCCCCGGUCGUCCUACGGCCAGCAGCCGACUAUAUGAAAAGCAAUGAAGGCAGUAUGUUCCAUAUAGUUGGCGAGUGUUACGUACUCGGCCUUACGGAGGGAGAAAGCCUGCUUGGUCCACUGCCAGCGAACAUCCGAAGGAAGUUUGGCACGAAUGCGGACUGGGGAGUAUACUCAUAUUUCGAGAACAUGGAUACGGGGCACGAGUCCCUCGAGGAUCCCCGGCUCCCUUCAUCCCUUCCUCUGGCUGAAUUGGCCGAUUUACGUGAUAGGUUGCGGGUUAAUCCUAACUCUAAGUUCCGGCUAACUCCCCAAGACCGGGAUAUAUUGUUUCCUCGAAUGUGCACUUUCAACCUGGUUUAG